CGCGGGGCUGAGGGCCUGAGGGCCCUUGGGCAGACCGGUCAUGUCGCACAAACAAAUUUACUAUUCGGACAAAUACGACGACGAGGAGUUCCAGUACCAGCAUAUCAUGUUGCCCAAGGACAUAGCCAAGCUGGUCCUUAAAACCCAUUUGAUGUCUGAAUCUGAAUGGAGAAAUCUUUGCGUUCAGCAGAGUCAGGGAUGGGUCCAUUAUAUGAUCCAUGAACCAGAACCUCACAUCUUACUAUUCCGGCAGCCACUACCCAAGAAGCCAAAGAAAUGAAUCUGUUGAACCACCUUUCUUCCUCAAGAUUUACUCAGCUGUCCUUUCUUCCUACCAUCUUUCAGAUAGCAUGAUUAUGUUGCUCUCUUAUUUCUCAUUUUGAUAUUUAAAGAAUGUUCGUUCAAUACACUGUUUGAAUGUGCUGGUACCUGCUUUGCUUCUUGAGCUGAGCCACCAUUGCCACAACCUGUUAGAUGAGUAUGACCUCA